GCAUCCUUCCUGGGCUGAGGAUCUGUGGCGCAUGGGGGUGGGGGUGGGGCAGCUCUGGGCCGCUGCUGUCUGCGGACUCUUAAUUCGAAAUCUCUGGGCCGCCUCCUGAGAGGCAAGCAGAAGUCUGUGGAAGCCUUCCAGCACCCUCCACCCUUAUAAAGCGCCCCCAGCCCUCCGGAGUCAGUUGUCUGCAGCACCAUGGGGCGCAGCUGGGCGUGCGUGGUGGCUCUGAUCCUCCUAGGAGCAAUCGGAUGUGCGACGCAGCCCCGGGGUCGCAUCCUGGGCGGCAGCGAGGCCCAGGCGCACGCGCUGCCCUACAUGGCCUCGGUGCAGGUGAAUGGGAGUCACCAGUGCGGCGGCUUCCUGGUGAACGAGUACUGGGUGAUGAGCGCUGCGCACUGCUGGGAUAACGAGACCCAGUUGCAGGUGCUUCUGGGCGCCCACUCGCUGUCGCAGCCGGAACCUUCCAAGCGUCUGUAUGAUGUUCUUCGCGCAGUGCCCCAUCCGGGCAGCGGAUCGGACACCAUCGACCACGACCUCCUCCUGCUGCAGCUGUCUGAAAAGGUCGAGCUGGGCCCCGCUGUGCAGCCUCUGCCCUGGCAGCACGAUGCCCGCCUCUUAGAGGCCGGCACCAUGUGCGACGUGGCCGGCUGGGGCGUGACCAGUUACGCGGGCAGCCGACCUGACCGCCUGCAGUACCUGAGCCGGCCGGUGAUGGACCGCGCCACCUGCAACCACCGUCUCUACCACGACGGCACCAUCACGGAGCACAUGCUGUGCGUGGAGAGCAACCGCCGCCGGGACAGCUGCAAGGGCGACUCCGGAGGUCCACUGGUGUGCGGAGGCGUGGCCGAGGGCGUGCUCACCACGGGCUCGCGCGUCUGCGGCAACCCUAAGAAGCCCAGUAUCUUCACGCGUGUGUCCACCUACGUGGACUGGAUCAGGAGCGUGGUGAACGAGAACGCCACCGUCUCGCCGGCGGAGUGACCCGGGCAAUAAAAGCCCCGCA